CAGCGCCGGCCGCAGCACGGAGCCUCUCCGGCAGCGCUUUGUUUUAGCGGCCGCGGAUCUCUCCGCCGUCUGGUCUCGCCGUGCUCGGCGCACACGAGCGGCUAGGAGGCGCGUCCCCGUGCGUGCGGAUCAGCGAAAUGGAUAGAGGGCGACGAUCCCCGUCGCGCGCGGCCAUGCGGUAACGUAAAGGUUGGCGCUUUACACUCUUUGUUCGUUUUCUGUCAUUUCGCCGCCGGAGAAUCAUGCACCUUUUGGACGACGGGGAGCGCGCCGACGGCAUGGAGCGCGGAACGCCACAAAGGAAGACCGUGUACCGCAUUUCUCUCACCCUUGUGAAGAGGGAGAGUCUCUCUGUGGAGGCAGCCGCCAGCAGCAUCCCCAGCAUGGCGAGCGCGUACCGGCGGGAGGGCAGCGGCGCGCAGCUGGAGCAGCUCCGCGAGGUGGAGGACGAGACGGACGAGUUCGGCGCCCAGGGUCAUGUGCGCAAAUUCAGGACUUUCAGCACAGGGCAGCUGGAGCUGGGCAGGCUGAACAUCUCCAGGAAGACGCACCAGUUCCGCAAAGACGUGCUCUUCAAGGUGAAGGAGCCUGACGCGGGAGCGUCGGCGGGACGGGAGCAGCUGGCAGAGGAGGCUGCGUCCUCUGUGCAGGGAGCGUGUUCGCUUGGGGAGGACGGCGGGCGAGUGCCGGAGUCGCCCGGGCAGCCUGAGCGCACGGGAUCGGCGCCAUUGCCGAGCGACGAGGCCGCGGGACGCGCGGCUGAAGCGCAGCCCUCGGCAGAGGCCGUGUCAGCUCAGACCCCCUCAGGGAAGAGGGUCCCCGGCCUGCUCCGCCGCAGCUUCAGCUUCCGCCACUGGAGCGGGGUGGAACUGCUGCGCCUGCGGGCGCUCUCCCGGGAGGGCCACCACCGCAGCUCCGGCUGCCUCGGCCCCGGGGCCCCGGGCAAGGUGCCCGAGGCGAUCGUUCUGCAGAACCCGGCAUUCGACGACACGGCCUUCGACGAGAAGGGCGGUGCGCUGGACGUGAUGGGGGUCCUCGGCGAGGCGGGUGCCCUGGGCGAGCGGAGUAGACGGGAACGCGCUCAGGGCAAGAACCGCACGCUGGACAACAGCGAUCUGCAGAAGUUGUCGGAGAAGAGCCUAGAGGAGAAGGAGAGCUUCCUGCGUGGGGGCACUCGCUCCAGCGGUCAGGAGCGCUGGCUGCGCCGCUUCUUCAGUGGCAUCUUCUCCGCCAAGGAUGGCCCCCCAACUCCGGGGCCCAGCGAGGCCGGAAAGCGGGGCUUCCAUUGGGCCAAGCGGAGGGCGGCGUUUGGCCACUCGCAGUCGAGCACAGAGAGUGUGGACGGAGCCCCGCAUCACGAUGCCUUUGUCAACAGCCAGGAAUGGACCUUGAGUGGAGCCGUCCCCGAGCUCAAAGUGGGCAUUGUGGGUAACCUGGCCAGCGGGAAAUCUGCUCUGGUGCACCGAUACCUGACAGGGACGUAUGUGCAGGAGGAGUCGCCAGAAGCUGACGUGGAUGCAGGUGGGCGCUUCAAGAAGGAGAUAGUCGUGGAUGGGCAGAGCUACCUGCUCCUCAUCAGGGAUGAAGGAGGCCCCCCAGAGCCUCAGUUUGCCCUCUGGGUGGAUGCCGUCAUCUUUGUGUUCAGCCUGGAGGACGAAAUCAGCUUCCAGACCGUGUACCACUACUAUAGUCGCAUGGCCAACUACCGCAAUACGGCCGAAGUGCCGCUCGUGCUGGUGGGCACACAAGAUGCCAUCAGCGCGGCCAACCCGCGGGUGAUUGACGACUCGCGAGCGCGCAAGCUCUCCAGCGAUCUGAAACGCUGCACCUACUACGAGACGUGCGCGACCUACGGCCUCAACGUGGAGCGGGUCUUCCAGGACGUGGCCCAGAAGGUGGUCGCCACACGCAAGAAGCAGCAGCUCUCCAUUGGACCCUGCAAGUCGCUGCCCAACUCUCCGAGCCACUCGUCUGUGUGUGCCGCCCCCGUCUCUGCCGUCCACAUGAGCCAGCUUGCCUUUGCUCCUCAGGCCAGUAAUGGCGCCGGGGGCAGUCUGAGCGAGUACUCGUCCUCGGUGCCGUCCACCCCCAGCACGAGCCAGAAGGAGCUGCGCAUCGAUGUCCCGCAGUCGGCCAACACGCCCACGCCUGUGCGCAAGCAGUCCAAACGGCGCUCCAACCUCUUCACCUCUCGCAAAGGGAACGACCCAGACAAGGAGAAGAAAGGGCUGGAGGGGCGCGCAGACAGCAUUGGAAGUGGCCGCGCUAUCCCAAUUAAACAGGGGAUGCUGCUUAAGAGGAGUGGGAAGUCUCUGAACAAGGAGUGGAAGAAGAAAUAUGUGACCCUGUGUGACAACGGCAUUCUCACCUACCAUCCCAGCUUACAUGACUACAUGCAGAAUGUCCACGGUAAGGAGAUUGACCUCCUGCGGACCACAGUGAAGGUGCCCGGAAAGAGGCCUCCCCGAGCUGUGUCCACUUGUGCCGCGGUGUCCAGCCCAAAGACUAAUGGCCUGGCCAAGGACAUGAGCAGCCUUCAACUGGGCCAAAGCCCUGGGUCAGUGAGCAGCAGCUCGUCUUCCUCCCAGAUGGCCAGUGGGAUCAGCCUAGUGUCCUUCAACUGCCGGCCAGACGGUAUGCACCAGCGGUCCUACUCUGUGUCCAGCGCUGACCAGUGGAACGAGGCUACGGUCAUCGCCAACUCGGGCAUCAGCACCGACACAGGCCUGGGAGACUCGCUGUGCUCCAGCCCCAGCAUCUCCAGCAGCACGAGCCCCAAAAUGGACCCUCCUCCCUCCCCACAUGCCAACCGCAAGAAGCAUCGCCGGAAGAAGAGCACCAGUAACUUCAAGGUGGACGGCCUCUCCGGCACAGCAGAAGAGCAAGAGGAGAACUUUGAGUUCAUAAUCGUGUCGCUGACGGGCCAGAUGUGGCACUUUGAGGCCACGUCAUAUGAGGAGCGUGACGCCUGGGUGCAAGCCAUCGAGAGCCAGAUCCUGGCCAGCCUGCAGUCCUGCGAGAGCAGCAAGAACAAGUCCCGCCUCCCGAGCCAGACAGAGGCCAUUGCCCUGCAGUCCAUUAGGAACCUGCGUGGGAACAACCACUGCGUUGACUGUGAGGCUCAGAAUCCUGACUGGGCCAGUCUGAACCUGGGUGCGCUCAUCUGCAUCGAGUGCUCAGGCAUCCAUCGCAACCUGGGCACCCACCUGUCGCGCGUGCGCUCGCUAGAUCUGGACGACUGGCCCCCAGAGCUCAUCAAGGUCAUGUCCUCCAUCGGCAAUGAGCUGGCCAACAGCGUGUGGGAGGCCAACGCCCAGGGCCGCAUGAAGCCUGUCCCCGAUGCCAGCAGGGAGGAGCGGGAGCGCUGGAUUCGAGCUAAGUACGAGCAGAAGCUCUUCGUGGCAUCGCUGCCGAGCCCCGAUCUGCCCCUCGGCCAGCAGCUCCUGAGGGCCACGGCCGACGAGGACCUCCCCAACGUCGUCCUGCUGCUAGCUCACGGAUCCCGGGACCAGGUCAACCAGACGUGUGGGGAGGGGGAUGGACGCACCGCCCUGCACCUGGCCUGCCGAAAGGGAAACGUGGUGCUCGCGCAGCUUCUCAUCUGGUACGGCGUGGACCUGAUGGCUCGGGAUGCUCACGGCAACACAGCCCUGGCGUACGCACGGCAGGCCAACAGCCAGGAGUGCGUGGACGUCCUGCUGCAGUACGGCUGUCCGGACGAGCGCUUCGCCCUCAUGGCCACGCCCAACCUGGCCCGGAAGAACAACAACCGCAACAACAGCUGCAGCAGCACGGGCAGCGGACCUGCACGCAUGCCCACCAUCAUCUGAGUGCUGCUGCCGCUCUCACCCAGGUGUCCCUGGCGAAUGAGUUACGGGGAUGGGGCACUGGGGGAGGGCGCUAGACACACCAUGGGAGAGCGCAGCUCUUGCACUUGCUGUCCUCAGGGAUGCGUGCCGCCUUCGUUCCGGUGCAGCUGGCAAAAUCCUCUUUGCUCGGGGGGGCCAUGUGGACCGACCCCCCCCCCCCUCCAACAAGUACUCCCUUUCGGGUUUGGCCCUGUCGCAGGAGCAGGCUGUGGCAGGACCUAAAGGAGGACGGUGACAAGCUGCCCCGUGGACGCUCUCUCUCUGUCUACAGCCUCCGCGUGACUUGGAAAAUGACCAGACCUUUGCCUCCCUUCCGAUCUCCUUUCGUUUUAAUAAUGUGAAAAUGUUCUGUAUAGACAUUUUAGAGCAGCAUCUGAUAUUUCUUUUGUAAAGUGUGACCGCAUGGUUAGCCACUUCCUGUCAGAACGUGGGCAGGAUGCUUGUUCCUUGUCUUGUUGUAGCAGUGCACAGUGUGUUCAUGUGAUUGUGUGUGUGUGUGUGUGUGUGUGUGUGUGUGUGUGGUCCCGCUGGGCUGGACCGCAGUAUGACUGAAUGCAAGGACACCCUACACAGAACACUACACUAGUCUCACUACCCACAAUCCCAUAAGUGGCACUCGAAAAGGGAUCAUUUGUCCAUGUUGUUGUUGUUGUUGUGCUUACCUGUAAAAAUAGUUUUGUUUUCUUUGCUGGUGAAAUGUUUUCUCAUCGAAAAGUGAGUAAAAAAGGCACUAGUGACACGUGACGAUCCGCCCGAAGACUGUGGGUGCCGCUGGCUGUGUCCCCGAAAGCGCCGCUCCUCCACAAGCGCAAACACCUGGCAGCUCCUGGUGUUGCUUCAGGGAUGUUUGGAAAUACCAGUUGUGGACACUAGGGAGGAUGUGCGCACUUCGGGGGGGGCUCUUUGGGCAUCAAGGUCUUGCGGGUCAUGGCGAGACUGAAAGAACGAGGUACGAAGAGACGAGGAGCCGCCUGUCCCCUGUCCCGUCGUCUCUUGGUGGACGGACUCUUUCAAGAAGGACUUGUCCGCCAGCGUGUGUAUGCAGUGUGCUGAGGUCUCGACCGUCCACGUCCUCACUGUCGCUGUCUCCUGCUGCAUAUGUCUCUCUUCGGCCACCGCCGUGCACCCUUGUCCCCCCAUGCUUCCCCCGGCUCUCCGUCUUCAUAACCCCGUCUGUUCCAAGUUCUCUCUGCACAUACACCUGUUUCCUCUCCUGGUCCAUCUCCCCUGCAUAUGGGUGUGUACACGUGCGCCACGUGCGCUUUCACCUGUCUGUCCCAUCGCUAAAGAGUGUGGUCAGUUGUCCUCCGACUCCCUCUUCCUCACUGGCACUGUGUGCCUUCUUUCCUCUACACUGCAAUACAGGCUCUCUGAGUAGCUGCUGCGCAACUUAUUUCUCCGUGUAGAAAAGCUAUGGUGUGUGUGUGUGUGUGUGUGUGUGUGUGUGUGUGUGUGUGUGUGUGUGUGUGUGUGUGUGUGCUCCUUUCUCCAUCCCGGUGGUGCGCACAGGUGAUAAUGUGGUCAGGAAGUAGCAUAGCGGUCAUCACUAGGGUCCCAGGGUGUGUCGCAAAAGGCAUCUCACACACCCCUGAACCACGGUGUAAACGCAUCUCCGUGCUCUGGCCAGACUGAGAGCUCAGCAUGUGUCGUCAAAGGCAGGAAAGUUGAACUUCAGGUGGGAUGUUGACCUCCCACACACAUACUUGUGUCCACGGUCAGGACUUUAAUUCCCAUCUCUGGUCCUGCGCACACCUCUUUAUUGUGUCACACGUGCUCACACGGUGUGUCGCCAUACAGUCAGCGCUCUCUCCUUCCUCUGCUUCGCUGCCCGCCUCUUGGCCCUUUGCUGCGGCUCCCGGUUGCUGAGGAGCAGCAAGCAGAACAAAACCAAGAGGAGGAAGAGUGUUUGCAGUUCCACAAACGCUGAUGCUUGUGUCCCGUUGGCCCUUUUUGGAAUCCUUUCUCCCCCUUGAACGAUGGGUUGCCAGCGCUGCGAUGAAGGACCGCGUUGGGAAGACGCGCUCGUCGCCAUCGGCAACAGGUACAAGGACCUUGCGGAAGCACCCGUCCCCAGGGGUUGUUUUAGUUCUUGUGUGACCCGCACCAAUGACCUCCGUCCGCCACCUACACGGCGUGGGCCAGCAGGUAGAAGCAAUGAGCAUGCAGUCAGUGUCCACUGUCCAUUGUCCACUGUGUUGUUUUUAUUACCUCAUUCCUCUGUGUCUCUUCCCACCGUGUCACCGAGUCCAAUUACUGAUUAUUUAUGUUUGUCCAAACGAGCAUUUUUGCUUGUGUUUUGUAUCAGUCAGUUGUGUUAUUCUGUAUUAUUACUGCUAUUAUUAUCAUCAUAAUUGUUAUUAUAUUGCGUUUGUGUACAGUGCUGCGUUGAGACGAACCCUACUAGAAACUCUCUACUGUACUGUGUCUCCUUUCAAUAAAGACAAUAACGCUUCUUGGUACGAAACGGCCUCCUUGCUGUGAGCAGAGCUGUGCCGGAGGCCGGACGUCAGUUCACGCGUCGCAGGUGUCCGUGCUGAGACUCCACAGGUACGCCAUGGAGGAGGCGCACCGUGCGCACAGCGUUUAGAGUGCCGCGCCAUCUCUGCACCUGCCCGGGUUCGAGCGUCCCAGCGGAGGGAGCGACCGCGGGCCGCGUCGGAUCGGGUUCAGCGUCCGCCGUGCAGAUAAAGGCAUUAGAACAGCCUUAACGGGAUCAUGGCCCACUAAUCCCAUCCCAUCAUGUCGCUUUCAGGAAGGUGGCAGUAGGGCGACGGGGGGAGGGGCGGGGCGGUGCGGUGCGGGAGCAAUGGGCCGCGCAGACUCAAUGAAGUGGACGGAUUUAAGCAGAUUACAUGGAGCGAGUGGGAAGCACAGCUCGAGAGGAAGAGUGGCCCCCAACAAAGAAGGAAGGAAGGAAGGAAGGAAGGAAGGCCACAGGGGGCGGAGCUUGUGCUUAUUAGUAAGCGACUCCCACUCGAACCUGUGUGACUGCGCCAGUUCGGCUACAGACGCACCGCGUUCAUAGAUCAUAGCGGUAAUAGCGCUUGGGCAGCGAAAAGUUGUUCAGCUCCGAAGCCCUCUUUCAAAGGGCGGGAAGCGGUUCCUCGAACCCGCAGCCCUUGGCACGCGCUCACCGUUACGGCGGCCGGACAGUCGCU